GACCCCAGAUUGGCAGCCACACUCCGGGGACCGCCGCUCCCAGCCCGCGCUCGGCCCCAGCCCGGGUUUCCGCCUCAGAGUCGCAGCGAGCGGGGUCCUCCAGCACCGCCCAGAGGCUGGCCGAGGAAGAUGCCAGUUCCUAACGCGAGCCCGCAAUCACAGUCUGCAGCAACCCCACGAGCCCUGUUCCUCCUCCCGGGUCCCAGCCACACCAAGAGCUUCGGAACGCGGAGAACUCUGCGGGUCCUGCACGCCCGUACUGACGCGUCCCUUCCGCCGCCGGAAGCCGGCGCCGCGUCCGUCACCAGGCAUCCCUCUGUUGCCUUGACUACGGCGGGCGCUGUAAGAGUGAAGAAGCUGCAAGUGCUGAGGCGAGCUGAAAGAAACCCUUGGAGCCGAGAGCAUGAGGAACUGGUGUCUGUGUCAGAUUUGUACCUGCGGGUAAGAAGUGGCUGGUGUAGUGGCGGGCCGGGGCUUGGGAGCCGACCUAGGGCCUAGGUGCACGGAACCAGCUCCUCGGGAACCCUGAGAAUGGCCGUCCUCCGCAGAUCAAGGAACGAGGGCGCAGCGACAUCCCCACUUAUCCCUCUCCAGUAAUACUCCCUCCGCACCCGCCGGCUACCUGGGGGUAACACGUUUCUUCAUAGCCCCUGAGACUCCCAAGCAAGGAUGCAAAGUAAAAUGCCACACAGGCCGGGUAAAUAAUAUAUGUGAAGCCGCGACGGGAUAUAAGACUGGUCGGAUUAUCGUCCUUAUGAAAUAGUUAAACAGCCUCGCCAUGUGCCAGAAGAAUAUAAACCAAAACAAGAGAAGAUUGAUCUUGGUACUACCUACAAACAGGAUUUUAAUUCGUACAAAGUGCAGCCUGUGGCAAUAGUCCGGCCUUUGGAGAGACAACAAGUUAAAAAAGGAAAGUUGGACAUGGUCCCGACUUAUAAAGAUGAUUAUAGAGCUUGGGACCUUCAUAAAAGUGAACUUUAUAAGCCAGAACAAACUUAUCAACUCCCUACUGUGAAAUUUGGAAAUUCAACUACAUUUCAGGAUGACUUUGUUCCUCAGGAGAUAAAGCCUAGGCAAAGUGGGCAAAGCUUUAAACCCUCCUCUGUGGUCAAACGUUCUACAGCCCCUUUUAAUGGCAUUACAAGUCAUCGCCUUGAUUAUAUACCUCAUCAGCUUGAACUCAAGUUUGAAAGGCCAAAAGAAGUUUACAAACCAACUGAGCAACGCUUUGAGGAUCUCACAACUCACCGGUAUGACUUUCAGGGUCUUAUUGGUGAAACUGCAAAAAUCUGCAGACCUGUACACACCAGAGUGACCCAGAAUGCUCGGUUUGAAGGAAGCACUGAAUUCCGUGAAUGUUUUCAACCAUGGGAAAUCCCACCACCUGAGGUCAAGAAAGUGCCAGAGUAUGUGCCACCUACAGGUAGCAUGCUAUUAAACAGCACAAGCCAUCUUGACUAUGUUCCGUAUCAGGCCAACCGUAUACUUCCCAUCAGGCCAGUUUCUCAUAGAAGAAGUAACAAUUUUCCUUUCCAAGGAAAAAGCACCAUGAAGGAAGAUUUUCCAGCAUGGGAAAAUUGUCGUCAAGGAGUUAUUAAGAAGCAGCAGAUUCCCAACCCAUCUGGAAAAUUUGAUGGUUUGAGCACUUUCAGAUCUCACUAUGUGCCACACAAAUUGAUUCCAACAGAGAGUUGCAAACCUUUAAAUAUUGCUUUUAAGAGUUCUGUUCCAUUUGAUGAUGUGACCAUGUACUCUAUAGAGUACACACCAAAAAUACAGGAAAUUUGCAAAGCAAGUUACCCCUCUCCUCCAGGUUAUAUUUUUGAAAAUACAAAUUCCCAAGGUCAUAAAUUCUUCCGCAAGAUUACUCCUGCAGUGAAGUCCUUCUAAUAACCAAAAUGUGCUUAAAAGGAAGCUACUAGCAAGUUGUUGGUUUUCCAAGAGAAAACUCAACUUUUAUAGUGAAAAAAAUUUAUGAUAUAAGAAAUCUUUUUUUUUUUUGAGAGGGAGUCUCACUCUGUCGCCCCGGCUGGAGUGCAGUGGUGCAAUCUCAGCUCACUGCAAGCUCCGCCUCCUGGGUUCACGCUAUUCUGCCUCAGCCUCCCGAGUAGCUGGGACUACAGGUGCCUGCCACCAUGCCCAGCUAAUUUUUUGUAUUUUUAGUAGAGACUGGGUUUCACCGUGUUAGCCAGGAUGGUCUCGAUCUCCUGACCUCCUGAUCCACCCAUCUUGGCCUCCCAAAGUGCUGGGAUUACAGGCGUGAGCCACCGCACCUGGCCGAUAUAAUAAAUCAUUUUUUAUAUUUUUAAACAAUAAAAUUGGAAAAUUUAUUUUAAGAAAUCAGAAUCUUAAAAUCAUUUUGUAUUGAUAUUUUAACCAAGAUUGUUCUUUAAUAUGCAUUUUGGAAGGUUGAAUAAUAUAGAUUCCCAUAUGUACCAUUUUAAUAUUCAACAUACUGCUUAGUAGUUUGUCCCCAGUCUAUUAUCAUUUGUAAUUCUGUUUAUAAUUAUGGCAAUUGUAUGGUUAUUCACAUACCAGCUGUUAUUUAUCAAGCACAUCAGGAUUAUCUAGGACAACAUUGAAAAUGAUACAUGGAUUCCUCUUUCAAGACAAUAGGAUUCAUUUUACUCAGACUUUCAUGCAUCUACAUAGCAUCCACUGAGUCAAGUUUUGGUUGGUGGUAUACAGACUGCUGCACUGCUCCUCACCAUGUUCAAGUUAGCAAGAGGCACUGUGAUGUGGCAAGGAAAGGCUCUGUGUGCUGGGAAUCAAAGUACUUGAGUUCAAGUUCUAUUAUUUUUAGAGACAGGGGUCUCAUGAUCACCCAUGCUGGAGUCCAGUGGCAUGAUCAUUGCUUACUACAGCCUCAGCCUCCUGAGCUCAAGUGAUCCUCCUGCCCCAGCCUCCCAAGUAGCUGGGACUAGAAGGUUGUGCCACCAUACCUGGCUAUUUUUUAAAAUAUACUUUGUAGAGACAGAUUUUUGCUAUAUUGGCCAGGCUGCUUUUGAAUCCUGCCUUGGCUUCCCAAAGCACUGGGAUUAUAGGCCUGAGCCACUACAGCCAGCCUGAGUUCAAGUUCUAAUAAUAUAGAUUGCUAUUUGUACUACCUUAGACAGUGACUCAAAUCUCUGAGACUCAGUGUCUUUGUUUGUAAAAUGAUGUCUGUUCUCAAAAAGAGUUGGUUUUGAGCAUCAGACUAUAUUUUAAUCCUUAAAGUACAAGUAUAAAUGUAGAGGAUUGUUAAAAAAUCACUCAAUCUCUUUUUGUACUUGUUUUCUCCUUUUCAAAUGAGGAAAAUUACUUACUCAAUCCUCAUUUUCUGUCCUGUAGCAAGGAUUGUAAACUAACCUAAUUUGCUUUGAGCUUCUGAGUAGUAUGUGCUUCUGAGAGGAGUCUUGUCCUUUAAAACUUCAUGAGCACCUGAGAAAUUGUUAACAGAGAAUGGAAAGCUCAGAAUGGGGUAAAUACAGUGGUUUGAGUAACAGUAUUUGCAGAAAGGAAAAAGUAUUUGCUAGGGUAGUUUUAGGAAGUUUCAGGAAGACUGACAGCUCUGAAGAAAUCUUUAGGGUAAAUGUAGGUAAUUUUGAACCUAAUUGUCAUGCCAAGUCACUGUUCAGAGGCAGAACCAGCCCCCACAGGGGGCAUAAUCACCUGGUUCACCUCUUCCAGUGUGAAGAUAAGUGCUAAGGAAAGGAAUGAUGCCAGGAAGUAUAGUAGAAACACUCUAUUGCAUUGAGAAAUGCUGAAAAUUUCCUAGUGAAUUAAACUCUUAUUGGGUGGUUCCUUUUUUAAGAAAAAUAAAUAAUUACAUUAUGAGAGAAUAUGAUUUAUUUUAGCAUAAAGCGAAUUUUAGUCUUUCAUGGCUUCAAAAUUAUUUCAAAAUAUACUUUAUUGAAAAUCAUCAAUAUUUGGUUAUUUUAAUUGUUCAAAAGUAAUUUGUUCUUAUUUACAUUUGUUAGUAAAAGUAUGGUGUGUGAAACUUUAUAUUUCUAUGCAACAUUAAUAAAAUCAAUAAAAGGAAUGGAUUUUCAAGAA